CCCUCACAGGCAGAGAUAGAGGCACGGCUGGCUGCACUGAAGGAUGAAACCCAGGGUUCUAUCCCUUCUGUCCAGGAGAUGGAGACUCGGCUUGCUGCCCUUCAGGGCAGGGUUCUGCCUUCUCACACCCAUAGACUGGAAUUGAUAAAGCCUCCCACCCCUACCUCCUGAGCCUCAGGCCUGCUGCCAGGCCAAGGAACAAGGGACAAGCAGCAAGAUUGAGUGGGUCAGAAAAAAGUGGACACAGUCCUGUUGGGGACUGCCAGACCUACUUGAUUAAGACAAACCUUUGCCUGGUCUUUGAGAACUCCUCAGCAUCCACCCCUGAUCCAGGAUACUUCUAGGCUUUAUGUGGCUUUUACCUUACUCCCACUCCCCACUGAGGUUCCCUCCUCUGGGCAGGAACAUCUGACAGCAGACACCAGGACACAGGAUCAGCAGACACAAGAUCUGCUAACACAGAUGGCAGCUGAGGUGGCUAUCGAUGAGAGCUGGGAACAAGAAGGUCCAGCUGCCUCUCUCCAGAAUGACCUCAACCAGGGUGGCACAGGAAGCCAGCACACUAAUUCCCAAGGGCAGGCCAGCUGGUCCCUGGAGAAGGAGAAGACCAGGCUGCUGGCUGAGGCAGCAGUUGAGCUACGGGAGGAGAAUACAAGGCAGGAACGGAUCCUGGCCCUUGCCAAGCGACUGGCUGUACUGCGGGGACAGGACCCUGACAAAGUGACCCUUCAGGACCUCCACCUCCCAGACAGUGAUGAUGAGGAGGAUGAGGAGACAGCCAUCCAGAGAGUCAUGCAGCAGCUCACUGAAGAAGCUGCCUUGGAUGAGGCAAGUGGCUUUAACAUCCCUGUGGAGCCAGCUUCCCGACCCCAGGCCCCACCCUGCAGAACAGAGCCUAAGGCCCAAGUCAUGGCUCCCAGGCCAGAGACUAAGGAAGAAGAACUUCCCUGGUGCUGCAUCUGCAAUGAGGAUGCCACCCUGCGAUGUGCGGGCUGUGAUGGAGACCUCUACUGUGCCCGGUGCUUCCGGGAGGGCCAUGAUGCCUUUGAGCUUAAAGAACACCAAUCAUCAGCCUACCGUCCCCCAUAUACUGGCGGACAGUACUGAGGAAACCCGACCCUCCUGGAAAGGUGGUCCUAUAGACAUCCUGCAGGCUGGCAGUGAUGCCCUGAGGACAUCAAUGAG